AGAGUUCUGGCCUUUGCUGCUCAAAGAGCUCUCUCCUGAGGAUAGAAGAAAAGAGAAAAGGCACUAGUUCUUGGUGACUCCACAUCCAUCAUCAAUGGCUGGGGAGAAAGAGCACUCUUUCAAUGGGGAGAGGGCAGGAGGUAAAACUACUGAUGGGGUUGGUGGAGGGGAUGGAUUUGAUCCCAGUGCGCCGCCUCCUUUCCGGAUUGCUGAUAUUCGAGCUGCAAUUCCCAAGCAUUGCUGGGUCAAGGAUCCAUGGAAGUCUAUGAGUUAUGUCCUCAGGGAUGUUGUUGUGGUGUUUGGGUUGGCAGUGGCUGCCAUUUACUCGGACAGCUGGUUGGUUUGGCCACUGUACUGGGCUGCCCAGGGGACAAUGUUCUGGGCAUUGUUUGUUCUUGGACAUGACUGUGGCCAUGGAAGCUUUUCAGACAAUCCUAAGCUGAAUAGUAUAGUGGGGCAUCUCCUGCACUCUUGGAUUCUCGUUCCCUACCAUGGAUGGAGAAUCAGCCACAGAACUCACCAUCAAAACCAUGGUCAUGUUGAAAAUGAUGAAUCAUGGGUCCCGUUGCCUGAGAAAAUAUACAAGAACUUGGACAACAGCGUCCGAAUUUUGAGAUUUACAGUGCCUUUCCCCAUCUUUGCAUACCCUAUGUACUUGUGGCAUAGAAGCCCAGGGAAGAAGGGCUCCCACUUCAAUCCUGACAGUGAUCUGUUCCCAACCAGUGAAAGGAAAGCUGUGCUCACUUCAACUCUGUGUUGGUGUAUGAUGGUUGCUCUGCUUGUUUGCGUAUCCUUUGUAGUGGGUCUUCCCCAAGUGCUUAAGCUCUAUGGGGUCCCAUAUCUGGUUUUUGUUAUGUGGCUGGACUUUGUUACUUACUUGCAUCACCAUGGCUAUGAGCAAAAACUUCCUUGGUAUCGGGGCAAGGAAUGGAGCUAUCUACGAGGAGGGCUAACGACGGUUGAUCGUGACUAUGGCUGGUUUAACAACAUCCACCAUGACAUUGGCACCCAUGUUAUACAUCAUCUCUUCCCUCAAAUCCCACACUAUCACUUAAUAGAAGCGACAAAGGCAGCCAGACCAGUGCUUGGAAAGUAUUACCGAGAACCCAAGAAGUCUGGGCCUAUUCCAAUACAUUUACUCAAGAAUCUAACAAGAAGCAUCAAACAAGACCAUUAUGUUAGUGACACUGGAGAUGUUGUGUACUAUCAGACUGACCCUCACCUAUACCAAUUUUUUCAUGACAAAUCCAAAUAAACUACAAAAACUCAGUAGAAACAGGUGAAACCAUUCAGUAGCCUGGAAAAACUAUUUAGUAGCCUCACUCUUGAGAAAAUGGAAGUAGACUGUAUUAGCAUGUUACUUCUAUUUUCUGCAAUAAAGUUAUGUUCAAUACACUCCUGCCACAGGGCAUAAAGGAAUGAUACCAGGAUGAUGAUCAUGGGAUGUUCUAUUAAGUCUUAACAAUGGGAUUGGAACUCUUAGUUUCUGAUAAUGCUUUCACAUCUGAAUAAAGGAUAGAUGUGAUGUUCAUCAAACAUAAUAUCAUGUAUCAGUUACAGGAAUAGAAGUAAAUUGCGAUGCAAACAGAGAGUCUUGAAGAGUACUUUUCAGUAUGUCAA